AUCGCAGUCGGUUAUCUUCCCCUGUUUCGCCGCUAGGUGCGCUUUACACCCGGUCCUGGAAAUGUAAACAUCUUGGAAUGUACAUGUCCGUUAUUUACUCGAUGUUGGAUCGCUACUUGUACACUUAUGGAUUCUAAGUUUGGAAGCUUAACAAUUCCGGAAUUGAAAAAGGAAUUGAAGAAAAGAAAUGCGAAACAAUCGGGUAGAAAGAAAGAUUUAGUAGAAAGAUUGGAAGCCUAUGAAAGAAAUUUGAACUUUGGACAAUCUGAUGUAUCUGCACCUGAUUAUUAUAUUACGCUUCCAGAGAAAAGUAAUUAUAAAGAUGUUAAUUCUGACACAAAAUUCUGUCCAAUUACAUUAGAAAAGGUGAAUGACUAUCUUGAAGCGUUUGACAAAAAUUUCGACAUUGCACUGACAAAGAAAAUUUAUGAUGAAAAGUUUUUACUAUUUUUCCGCCUUGCAAGUGACUGUGAUGACAGUAAAUUGUAUGUUAACAGCUGUUGCCAGGCUGAGAUGAAAAAAAGUGUUUCAUACAAAAUCGAUAUUGUUUUUAAAAGGAAUGGGGACAUUCUUGAGAGUCAGUGUGAGUGUGCUGCAGGAAUGGGGCCAAAUGCACAUUGUAAACAUGUAUGUACAGUCUUAUAUGCAUGUAUCAUAUUUGCAACUAAAAAAACAGUACAUGUACAGGAAACAUGCACACAAAAGCUGCAGACCUUUCAAAAGUGCAAAAGAUACAUUGGAAGUCCUUUAAAGGCUAAUCAGUUAAAUUUACCAGGAGCAGAUGAAUUUACAUCACUAGACUUUGAUCCACGCCCUCCACAAUUUAGAAACCAUCCUGGUUACAAGGACCACUUUAGAAACGCAUGUCUCAGUGUUGCUGGCUCAUCAAUGAUGCCAAUAUUUCAACUGUUUGAACCAGCUAACAGCUUGGCUGUCGCUCAUGACCAUGACUAUUUAUUGUUAACCCCUGAAGAUCAUUUUUUAGAGUGUAUUCUUGUAACCAAAAUUACACUGGAAGAAAGAAAAGCAAUUGAAAGGAGAACCAUAGGACAGAGUAAAAACCCUCAGUGGUAUGAUGAAAGAACAAAGAGAUUGUCAUCAUCAAUGUUUGGUCGCAUUGUGAAAGCUCUGAAUUCUGACAAAACAGACAAAACAAAACUAGCAUCUUCAUUGGUGAAUGUAGUCAAAAUAACUGCUCCAGCAUUAAAACAUGGACUUAAAUAUGAAACAAUGGCCAUAUCCAGAUAUAUGACAGAAUCUGGAGAGGAAGUUAAAAUGUGUGGCAUUGUUGUUGCCAGAGAUUUUCCAUUUUUGUCCUGCUCACCAGAUGGCAUUAUAAAUAACAAACGAAUAGUUGAAGUGAAGUGUCCUUAUUCUGCUAAAGAUAAACCAAUUAACAGUGUAACUGUGCCCUAUCUGAAAUCUGACAAAGAAUCUGGAUUUUAUUUAGAUAAGAAUCAUGAUUAUUUUUUUCAAAUUCAAGGUCAACUUCUUUGUACUGAGGCAGAAGAGUGUGUGUUUAUUGUUUACACAAUAACUGACAUGGUUUACUUUAAAGUACCUCGUGACGAAGAUUUUAUUAUGAAAAUGAUACAGGGCUUGAAAACCUUUUUUGAUUUGUAUUUCAAGGAAGCACUUUUAGAAAAACGAUUUUACAAAACAUAUGUUGAGUAAUGGUGACACUUAAAAGAUUUCUGAAAACAUCAAACUUUAUUGAUAAUAGUAAGAGAAUACAUGCAUAGUGUAUUGAUGGUCAAUGAUUUAUACAUGUGAUGUAUUUAUAAAACUAUCAAAAAUAUUUUGCUCAUAGAAUUAUAGAAAAAAUAAAU